AUGGAGUUCUACGAGCUUUCUAGACUCGUUGACCUGUUUCUGGCUAACGUUCAUCCCAUGAAUCCCGUCAUCGACGUGUCUAUGCUUCGCCAGAUGUUGAAGCAAGUUGCCGAGAACGGGCCUGACUGGUCAGCUGCUACGUGCUUAGUCGCGCUUACAUGCGCCCUGGGAGCUAUAUCCCAACGGCCGGGACAGAGGACACCGAGCGGGACCCCACGUGGCUACUCGGUUGAGCCCAACCGUCAUCUCGCCUCGCGGUACUGGUCCGUUGCGGAGAAACGUCUUGGCUUUUCCAUGGGCCAGCCCGGGUGGGAGUCAGUACAGUGCCUGUGUCUUGCAGGCAUAUGGCACAUGUACAACAUGAAUCCCUUACAAGCGUGGAAGUGCUUCAGUAUGGCGAGCAACACAUGGUACACCACCUCGCUCACCAGCAAAUUGACCUUGCCUGGAAAGGCAGAGACCCCCGAGUACCCUCAGUCUCUCUCACUAGAACAGAUACUGUACUUCACAUGCUAUAAGUCGGAAUCAGAACUUGCUUUUGAGCUGUCUCUGCCGGGCUCGAUUCUUGCCGGCAUAGAUUAUCCCUACAACUUUCCCGCUCCACCAACCCUGGGGGUGAUGAAUCUAGACAACAAGGCACUGAUGAUGGAGCAAAGAUCCUGGUACUACUAUCUCGCGGAGAUUGCCGCGAGACAGCUGAUGAAUCGCAUUGUGCAAGCCCAGCGGCGUUCUCCUCCACACCCCACAGAGCAUGGUAUAGAUCGGAUGCUUGAAGUAUUUGAGGUAUUCGAUGCCCAGUUGACGGAUUGGUACGAGUCUUUGCCGCCGCCGAUCUCAUUCCAAAUACCCAACGGCGAGAUUGCGCCACUGGCGGACGAUCUGUGUCAAAUGCUCCGCGGACGCUAUCUCACAAUGAGAGAGCUUCUUUGCCGACCGUUUGUAAGGCUAGCUUCGACUAUUUCGAUUGGCAUCACUGUGUCAGAGCAUAUGGUCACCAGGCCACGUCUUCCACUCCUCAUCAUGGCCUGUGGCUACAGCUCAGGGGGUUUGUCACUUGUUCUUUGA